AUGGCUGAGAAAUACGACCACCACGAACAUCAGGAGUAUGCUGCUACUCCCACGAUGCAGAGGAUUACUCCCGCUCGCUAUGCGGCUACGCGGUUUACUACGUUGAAACCUGCUCGCGAUGCCGUGCCCAACCCCAUCACGCUGCUGCGCAUGCUCAAUCUCCAGCAAUGGCUCUUCUUCCUCGUCGCCUUCUUCGCGUGGUCUUGGGACGCUUUCGAUUUCUUCACCGUCUCGCUGACCAUCACGGACCUCGCUGAAACCUUUGGAAAAACCAAAGCAGAUAUCACGUGGGGUAUUACGCUCGUGUUGAUGCUGCGGUCCGUAGGCAGUAUUAUCUUUGGACUUGCGGCUGAUCGGUAUGGGCGCAAGUGGCCGUUUAUCAUUAACAACGUGCUGUUUAUUGUGUUGGAACUGGGGACGGGAUUUUGCUCGACGUACAAUGAGUUUUUGGCGGUCAGGGCGUUGUUCGGGAUUGCGAUGGGAGGGUUGUAUGGGAAUGCGGCUGCGACCGCUCUGGAAGACUGUCCUCCACUGGCACGCGGUCUCAUCUCUGGUAUGCUGCAGCAAGGCUACGCGUUCGGAUACCUCCUCGCCACAGUGUUCGCACGUGCUUUCGUCAACACUGUUGGACACGGAUGGCGCCCGUUGUUCUGGUUCGGUGCUGGUCCACCAGUCUUGAUCAUCAUCUUCCGUCUAUGUCUGCCAGAAACAAACGCCUACCUUGAACGCAAGCGCAUUCGCGAGGAAGAGCCCAAUGCAGUGAAAGUAUUCAUUGAAGAAGGAAAGGUCGCACUGAAGCGUCACUGGCUGCUUUUGAUCUACAUGGUCCUCCUCAUGGCUGGUUUCAACUUCAUGUCCCACGGCUCGCAAGACUUAUAUCCAACCAUGCUCACCAACCAAUACGACUUCUCCCCCAACGCCGUAACCGUCACCCAAGUCGUCGCCAACCUCGGCGCCAUGACUGGCGGCACGCUCGUCGGCUACUGCUCCUCCAUCUUCGGCCGCCGCUUCAGCAUCAUCUGCAUGUGCAUCCUCGGCGGCGCGCUGCUCUACCCCUACACCUUCGUCUCCAACAAAGGCGUCAUCGCUGCUGCCUUCUUCCAGCAAUUCUGCGUGCAAGGCGCGUGGGGUGUAAUCCCCAUCCACCUGAUGGAACUGAGCCCGGGUAGCUUCAGGACGUUCGUGGUAGGCACGAGUUACCAACUCGGUAACUUGGUGUCGAGCGCGAGUUCGACGAUUGAAGCGACGAUUGGAGAGAAAUUUCCGCUGCCGCCGAAGGGCAAGACGAAGAGGUACAAGUAUGGGUUGGUCAUUUGCAUUUUCAUGGGGAACUUUGAUGUCGCGGCGGAUGAAGAUAUGGCUGCUGUUACGGGCGUGGACAGGAAAAUCGAUGGUAGGGACAGUGAGGAUGUGGAGAAGAAUACUGAGAGGAGGAUAGAGUGA